AUGGCAGAAGUCGGUCCAGCAUUGACCCAUUCACUAUCCACAGGUUCUGCCCAGACUUGGCGUAUCUGCAACUCGGCCAUGAAGAGGACCAAGAAGACGACCACCGAGACGACCACCCAGACCGUCGUCACCGAGUCCGAAUCCGAAUCAGAGCCGGAAUGCAGCGUGACAGAGCAGUCGGGGUCGGAAUCGGCGUCGGAGAAUGCUCCUCCUUCCUCUUCAGAGCGUGGAAGGUCGACUGACGAAGAUGCCCCUGGAGAGACCACGACCGACAGCUCGGGGGGGCAGCAGCAACAGAAACUCAAAGCAGACGUACCGAUCCCCGACAAAAAGGCCAACAGCUACCCCUCGGCCCUUCCGGGCCCCCACCCCCGUCGGCCAAACUACAUCGAGCCCAUCCGCGCCGAAGUGGUCCAGACGGAGCGCGUCAUCGAGACGCCCGAAGACCCCAGCCCAAACGCCUACUACGACGCCCGGAACAACAUCGUCCGCGUGUAUCACGGUCCCGUGUGGGGGAGAAGCAGCAGCGCCAGCAACGCGGGCCAAUUCCAGUCCCUGUACCCACGCCGCGAUACCUCCCUGCGUCCGCUGCCGAUGGGCGUCCCGCAUCCCAUGCAGAAUCCGUACCAUCACGGUUUUGCCAGGCCCCUGAGCGACGGGUGGGAUUACGCGUGGCAGCAGCAGCAGCACCCAAUGUACUACCCCCCCAUGGAGAAUGAGGCGUACCUCGCUCCUCCUCAUGGUGCUGCUGCUGCCGCUACUGCUCCUUCCCCGGAACCGGCUACGAACAAGGGUGCUUUUGGUGUCGAUGCUGCUGUCGAUGAUGGCAUGCCGAGAGGUUACAAGAUCGGAAAAGACAACCCCUACCUUCUCCCCAAGAAAUCCAUCUUCGCCAACCGAUCCCCCUCCUCCAGGUCUCCCCGGGACAUGAACGACACCGCUGGCGCUGGCACCACGGUGGGGGGCGACAGCCACGGCGGCCCCGGACAAGAUGGCUGGGGAGAUGCCAAGAGUAACCGCGGGCCUGUAUCCGGAUGGGUUGAUGACGACAAUAUCAGACAGGCAGGUUCGGGUGGAUGGGGUGAUGUGAAUGAUGACGACAACAAUAACAACAAUGACCAGGCAGGAUGGGCCGAUACCAACAAUGAUAGCAAUGCCAACCAGACAGGAUGGGGAGAUGCAAACAUUGACGACGACGCCAACGACGACGACAGCAAUGACCCCGGAAAUACAUGGGGCUCAUCUACACCUGCUGCCGUUGCAACCGACGACGACGUCCAUCACAUGCCCGGAUCCUGGUGUGAUCCUACUGCUGCUGUGGCUACGGGCGGUCAAGUUGAUGCGGCUGUUUGGUGA